AUGAGGUUCGAGUAUUACGUCGCACUGACUUUGACGAUUGUGUUGACUUUUGUUCGUGCGCAGGAAGAAAAUGUGGAAGCGCUAGGAAACAAGGAAGAUAUCAAGUGGAAUCUUUUCCAACUGUUUGUACAAACUGGCGGCAUCAUCGCAGCAUGUUUUCCCAUCUCCGGCCUAACCGGAAUUGGCAUUCCUGUAUGUACUCUAUCAGCAGUGGCUGCAUUCGUUACCAUUGUAGCACUGACUUUGAAAUUAUUCGAUGGACUGCUUAAUGACGGUGAUGAGAUUGCUCAGCCAGUAUUGGUGUUUCUCCACAGCGCUGGAUUACGAUUUGCUGGGCAGCGCGAUGGUAGUUCCAUGGUGGCAGAUGUUGCAAUAGCAGGCAAUCAGUCACUUUCGUCCGAUUGGUCCGACUGGUCUAGCAGCAGUACAGCGGCCGCACUCCGUGAGUUGAAUACUACCAUUGAUUUCUCACUUGGAACCGUACAUAAUAGCAUUGGCGUUGCUCAUCCGGAUUACUGCUUUGUAUUAUCUACCAAUGAAGCAGGAGGAAGCUCUUACCCUUUGGCGGCCUAUCAACAAACCGUUUGUUUUUCGCAAGUGUUCCUUAAUGCGGUGAGCGGUACAAGAUGUACACAGUUGCCUCCGAAGGCCCUUCCGAGGAUUCUACAACCGUUGAAGAAUGCCGAAAUACUCAAGCACUAUCUCCAGGCGUACGAAUUUGCCCAGAGUAUUUAUUCCAUUUUUGGUCCCUACGCUGAUGAAUUCAUUGUUAAAGUUGUGUCAUUGGCCCGUGAUUUUGAGAGGUUGGGACCAGGCCAGGAAACAUUUGGCUUUAUCAUUGCUGAUCAGAUAGAUGGUCAAACAGAGCAAUUGUUUCGCAUAGAAUUGGCAAGAAAAGAAAGUACAUGGCUUUCGAAUAUGACUCUUUGCGUAGAAAGCGGUUGA